AUGGCUUCCGCUACGGGCAUUCCCCAAGAACAUCCCGACACCAUCCAAGAGCAGGAGGAUGCGCCCCUGCUGCAUACCCCGGGAAAUGUUCCCCAGGAGAAAAACGCUGCUAUCUAUCAGAACCUCUUUACGGGCACAGCCAGUGCAGCUCAAGUUGGCAUCUGGAUGCUGGCCAUCCUCGUCUGGACGGGAAUCUUAUCUCAUCCCUUGAUAUUCUUUUCCGCUCAUCCCCUCCUCAACUCCGCUGCCCUCCUGCUUCAAGUCCAGGCCACUCUCAUCCUUCAACCCACCACCACCCCUCACCAAAAGCGCCUCGGAACCAUCAUCCAUUACAUCAUCCAAACCCUCAGUCUCCUCGGCUUCAUCACAGCUUUCAUCAUCAUCGAAAUCAACAAGGGCGAUCAUGCUCGCUUUACCUCCCCGCACGGUAUUCUCGGUCUCAUCACCUACAUCUUCAUCAUCCUGCAGGUCCUGGUAGGUGUCGUGCAAUAUUUCGUCCCCGUCCAGGUUCUCGGUAGUGUGGAGAAGGGUAAGAGCAUCUACAAGUACCAUCGCAAGUCAGGGUACGUGCUGCUGCUCUUGGAACUGGCGACUGUCUCGGCGGCGACUCAGACUACUUAUAAUCUGAACGUGUUGAGCAUUCCGCUGUGGGGAGUACUGGUGGCCUCAGUGUUGGUUGUCUUGGGGUUGGGAGCGAGGAUCAAGAAGCAUAAGUUGGGGUUGUAA